GGAGAAAGCAGAGAGAGUGAAGUGAGGGAGGAAGAGCAGAAUGGACAUAAAGACCAGCAGAAGAGCAAACCAGGAGCGGGGCUUUUAUUUUGAAGUUUUGUAAGAAAAUCACUGGAACAAACCUCAAGAUUUCUUGUAUUUUUUAUUUCUGUGUUGCAAAAAACCACAAACCCCAAAAUGACGACAUCGCACUCGGUGAUGCGGUUGGUCCUCGGGGUUGUCAUAGCGAUGAUGGUCGCCCGGGGGAGCGGAGCGCGGGUGGUGAGCGGCCAGACGGUGUGUUUGGGUGGCCCCGAGCGUCCCUGCUAUAAGAUCGCAUAUUUCCACGACGUGUCGAGCCGUGUCGCCUUCCCGGAGGCACGUCAGGCCUGCGAGAUGGACGGAGGGUCUCUGCUCAGCAUCGAGAGCCUGGCCGAGCAGAGAGACAUCGAGAAUCUGCUGCAGGAGCUGCGAUCAGGAGCGGUGGGCGGCGCAGGAGGAGGCGCAGGAAGUAUAGCGGACGGUGAUUUCUGGAUCGGUCUGACACGGGUGGACAGAGUCGAUCACACUCAUCCUGAGCUCAGCAACACCUUCACUUCCUGUCCUCAGCUCUACCACUGGACCGACGGCAGUCUAGCCUCCUUCAGGAACUGGUAUUUCGACGAGCCGUCCUGCGGAGGAGAGGCCUGCGUCGUGAUGUACCAUCAGCCUGCUGCACUUUCUGGUCUGGGCGGGGCUUAUCUCUACCAAUGGAACGACGACCGCUGCAACAUGAAACACAACUUCAUCUGCAAAUACGAACCAGAGAGCCAUCUUGUGAAGGAGCAGGGUGACACACCUGGAGGGCGGGGCACAGAGGCGACAGCAGGUGGAGGUGUGAUCAAACAGCCUGCAGGCAGUGAGGAGGUUCCCCCUCAGGUCACCAUGACUGGAGCUUCAGGCAUGUUACUGGUGUACGUGAUCAUUCCCACAAUCCCCCUGCUGCUGCUCAUCCUGGUGGCUUCUGGGACAUGUUGUUUUCAGAUGCUGAGUAGAAGUACUCCCCGCACCAAGACCACCGUCAACCAAUCGAACCUGUGGAUCUCCAGGUCGCCCAAACCAGACAGCAUGGAGGUCUGACACCACCCCGUGACAUCACCAUGACAUCACAGCAGCAUCAGCACAUCGCCGGCGGAGGCAUGACUUCACUCCACGGCUCAACCAAUCAUCAUCAUCAUCAUCAUCAUCAUCAGGUGUUCAGGAGCGGGCGGAGCCUUGAGAGGACAAUGAUGUCAUCACAUUACAGUUUAUUACUGAAGUACACAAAGCUACAGAGUCGUCUGUGUAUUUAUACUGCGUUCCCUCCAGACAUGUACUACAGAGUACACGCAGUACUGCACAUUCUGAUACUCACCUGCAUCUAUUUACUGUGCAGGUACUUCCCUCCAUCCUUCCUUCUACACCUUCCUGCUUCCUUCCUGCUUACCUCGCUUACUUCCCUUUCCUUUCUAUAUCUCUUCUUCUCUUCCUCCAUCUUGUGCCUUCCUCCCUUCACCCCUCACUCCUUCCUUCCCGUCUCCUCCUUC